GGAGAGAGAGCGAGGAAGAGACGGAUGUUGCCCGUUAACCUCAGACAGGAAUAUGGGCAAGAAAAUGUUCUUUCCACCCUGACUCUCCAGCACUCCGGGUCCAGGUCAGAAGAAUCGUGGCAGAAUCGUCAAAGCGAAGAUGCGGUCGGUCGGGGCCGUGGGAGUCGGUGUGCUGUGGGCGCUGCUGGCCGCCCUUGUGCCCGGCGGCGCGUCGGAGCUGGCGACGCUGGUGCAGGAGCAGGUCAGGCCCGAGUCCACCCUUCUGAAGCCAAAGGUUAUGAUCGCCAUCGUGGCUCGUAACGCGGCGCACAGCCUGCCGCACUACCUGGGUUGCAUCGAGAGGCUGGAGUACCCGAAGGAGCGCAUAGCGAUCUGGGCGGCAACAGACCAUAAUGUGGACAACACCACUGCUAUGUUGAGAGAAUGGCUAAAGAGAGCUCAGCGUAUCUACCAUUACGUGGAGUGGAGACCCAUGGAGGAGCCGAGGUCCUACACAGAUGAAUGGGGUCCAAAGCACUGGCCUCCCUCUAGGUUCAACCAUGUGAUGAAGCUGAGACAGGCGGCGCUCAAAGCUGCCAGGGAACGAUGGGCUGACUACAUACUGUUUGUAGACAGUGACAAUCUGUUGACGAACCCUCGUGUGCUGAACCUGAUGAUGGCUGAGAACUUGACCCUGGUGGCUCCCAUGUUAGAGUCUCGCUCUCUCUACUCCAACUUCUGGUGUGGCAUCACCCCACAGGGUUACUAUAGGCGAACCCCAGACUACCAGCCGAUCAGGGAGUGGAAGCGGCUCGGCUGCUUCCCUGUUCCCAUGGUGCACAGCACCUUCCUUUUAGACCUGCGUCGUGAAUCCAGCAGGGACCUGGCUUUCUACCCCCCUCACCCAGAUUACAGCUGGGCAUUCGAUGACAUCAUGGUGUUUGCUUUCUCAGCACGUCAAGCAGGUGUGCAGAUGUAUGUGUGUAACAGAGAACACUACGGUUUCCUGCCUGUCCCUCUCAAGGCACAGCAAAGCGUGGAAGAUGAAAGUGAGAGUUUCAUACACACCAUUACGGAGGCUUUGAUUGACCACGACAUUGAGCCCUCUGAGCACCUGUACUCUUCGCCUUCACCGCAGGACAAGAUGGGCUUUGAUGAAAUUGUCCUGAUCAACCUGAAGCGCCGGCUGGACAGAAGAACCAGGAUGUUGAAAACAAUGGCCUCGCUGGGUAUACAUGUGACGCUGAUAGACGCAGUGGACGGCAAGGCUCUGAAUACAUCACAGCUGCAGGCGUUGGGAAUAGAGAUGAUGCCGGGCUACAAGGAUCCUUACUCUGGUCGAGUCCUGACCAGAGGGGAGAUUGGUUGCUUCCUCAGCCAUCACUCUAUAUGGAUACAGGUGAUAGAGCGCGGCCUCCAGAAAGUUCUUGUUUUGGAGGACGACGUGAGGUUUGAGCCCUGGUUUAAACGACGGCUACAGGCCAUAAUGGAUGAUGUUGGCAAAGCCCAGCUGGACUGGGACCUCAUCUAUGUGGGGCGUAAGCGUAUGCAGGUGCAGCAGCCGGAGCAGUCGGUGGAAGGUGUGGAUAACCUGGUCGAGGCAGACUACUCCUACUGGACGCUCGGCUACGCGCUGUCACAGCAAGGAGCCAGAAAGCUGCUGGCUGCGCAGCCGUUCUCGAGGAUGCUGCCUGUGGACGAGUUCCUGCCGGUCAUGUUCAACAAACACCCCAAUACUGAGUACAUGUCUCACUUUGAGCCCCGGGACCUGAAGGCCUUCUCUGUGGAGCCGCUGCUCAUCUAUCCCACCCACUACACCGGAGAGCCGGGCUACAUCAGCGACACUGAGACCUCCACCAUCUGGGAUGACGAGGCUGUGGCCACAGACUGGGACCGGCAGCACGCCCGCAAGACAGCCCAGCAGGGUCGCAUCCGCCCCGUGGCACAGAACAGCGUCACCGGAGACUCGCCGCCUCCUGCGGCUCGAGCAUCACGUGACGAACUCUGAUACCAGAGACCCAGAGACUCAUGAGGAGAAAGACUCGUGUUUUACGGACAUGCCGUGUACACACAGUGAAUGUCGUGUGCACACACUUGAAAAGACACUUGAACUACAAGCUGAGAUACUGUAUAUGCAUUUACACUCUCACAUAUACACACACACACACGGGUAUCGGGUAAGAAGAAUUGAGAUGUCAGUCUAAUCUACUGGCUGAUGAGGGGACGCUGAGGAGAGGAGGAAGAGGAGGAAGAGCAGAAUCUGGGACGAGGGCCCUCCCGGCCUUUGACAAAAGCUUUAUUUAUUCCCCAUGUGCCUCCUCUGGCCAUGUGGAGACAGUUAUGGCCUGAGAAAACUAAAGCAACACAUGCAAGACAGCUAACAUCGUCUGCUGACGUGAAACUAGAAAAAAAUAUUCUCACAAAUCAACUUUUCUAUUGUCUAAAAAGAUUAUUGUUAUUUAAAAAGAACAGAUGUGUUUUUUUAAUGGACAGCCGAGGAAUAAAGGAAUCUUAACGCUGUCUGACAACAA